AGGGAUUCAUCUUGACGCGACAUUUAAGCUUUGAAAGGCUGCGUCGGGUAACGUCUACAUACACCCGAGAGAGAGAGUGUGUGUAGAUGUGAAGAAUUAGCGUGAAAUAAGUACAUUUUCGCACCUUAUCAUCUAAAUGUAAGUUACUUAUUAGCUUGACAGCUCUCAGUUCUCUAUAAUGGAAAACUCCACUGAAGACUACAGGAUCCAGUCAUUUGACCUGGACACACAGGUGCUGCUGAAAACAGCCUUGAAAGAUCCAAGUGCAGUGAACCUGGAGAAGGUUUCCAACAUCAUCGUGGAUCAGUCAUUGAAGGACCAGGUGUUCAGCAAAGAGGCCGGACGCAUCUGCUACACCAUUGUGCAGGCCGAAGCCAAGCAGAGCAAUGGAAACGUCUUUAGGAGAAACUUGUUGAACCGACUCCAGCAGGAGUUCAAGAGCCGCGAGGAGACCAGGGCACGCUCACUGCAGGAGUGGGUGUGCUACGUCACGUUCAUCUGCAACAUCUUUGACUACCUCAAAGUGAACAACAUGCCAAUGGUGGCUCUGGUCCAUCCAGUGUAUGACUGUCUGAUGAGGCUGGCCCAACCAGAUGCUCUAAUGAACGAGGAAGAGGUGGACUGCCUGGUGCUGCAGCUGCAUCGCAUCGGUGAGCAGCUUGAGAAGGUGAAUGGCCCGCGGAUGGAUGAGCUGUUCUUCCUGCUACGUGACGGCUUCCUGCUCCAGGAGGGCCUCACGUCCAUGGCCCGUCUGCUGCUGCUGGAGAUCCUGGAGUUCAGGGCCGGAGGCUGGAUGCUCAGCAGCACCGCCCACAAGUACUACUACAGUGAAAUUGCAGAUUAGGACAGCUGAAAGGACGAGGGUGCUGAGCAGCUUCAUUUGCAGUUGCGUCAGGAAACCUUCAAACACCUCGGACACCUCUGCUAAGUCGCCACUGAGUGUAAAACCAGCAAUUUCAGGACAGACAGCGACACCUUCCAGGUAAUCAGUGGAGAAAAAGGCGGCUCAGAAAGUGUAAAAAGACUUUGAUUUAGCUGGAUUGUUCCUGCGUUUGAUAAUAUUACUGACACAUGGUGCCGUGGAUGUGGAACGUGCAAUAGUUCAGUUAACGAGGUUUAGCCACAUUCAGGUACACUUUGUUUUAAAAUUUGAUUACAGCUAGAGAGGCUGAAGAUAUUUUUUAUGUUUUGUUUUUUUAAUCUUUCUGGCAUUCCUGUUUUGAGAAAGCAUUUCAACUUAUUUUUACCAAAUCUAAAAGAGUUCUGAAAAGACAUUCCAGUCAGAUGCAAGCUGAUUUGGUCUUUGAUCUACCUUUUAUUGUUGUGUGACCAAUUUUUAAUUAAUUGAAUAAUAAUUUAAAAAAUAUUUUAAUUGAAUAGUUAUAUACUUUAGCAUAGAACUGAAUUUUAAAAAAGGUUUGAAUUGCUGUUCAGAGGAAUUUUCUGCCUAAUUUGUUCCUGUGUUACUGUUUCUUUGUCCACUGGGUAUGCGAAGCUCAGAUGAAAAGUUGUGUCUUAAUUCAGGGAUUUUCUUUUUUUCCUUUAGUUUUUUUUACAGUUCAGCUAAAAAAUAAAAGACCAAGAGAUUGGUUACAUUUCAUAUUUAAAUUGUUCCUACAGAUAAAUAGGUCAGAUUUAAUAUCUGAUUUCUGGAUUCACAAGUUUUGUUUGUUAAACAAGUCGUGCCAAUGCAGCCUGCACAGGAUCAUCCCAGCAAAGCUGACAUGACAAAGCCUAAACUCUUUAUUUGUAGUUGAGGUGCUAGAGGAGUAGCUGUUUCCCUCCCUUCACAGAUACGCCGGUCAUGUGAGUAUAAAACUUAAGUAUUUUGCAUUCGAAUUCAGGUUCCACCAGCACUGGCCACACGUAUGUAGCUGAACUUGGGUUUUAAGUUGGAGUCUGUUGUUACCUUUUUGUUUAUAGAACUCAGUGACAGCUCGAAGGUCUUCAACCAAAGCUGUGCCUUGGAAUCAGACAGACACGAGCGAAGGACAACAUGGUGUCACAUGGUUAAAAUAAUACACCUCUGUGAAAUGUCAUUCUGAAAAACCUGUAAAAUGUAAAUAUGUUAAAGCUUAAUAUAAAUUUUACUUCGACAGCAAUUAGACAAAUCAGCCUCUGUUAUUUACUAUAAAGAAUCCUCAGUGUUAAAUACAAAAAAAAGAAUCAAAGCUCUUAAAAGCUUUGAGAAACAUGGUCAGGAUUUAGAAAAUUUGUAUAACAUCUCUCAAAAUCCUUUUUUCUAGCAGUGUAGGAAGAUUUAUGUAUCAACUUUGGUAUUUGUCUUUAUAUUCAGACCAGAAACGAAUAGGUUAACUGAUGUAUUAAUUGAUCCUAAAGAGUCAAAUAGAGCUAAUGCUGUAGACAAUUAAAGUCCCUUAAUAACAGGGCACAGACCUGAUUGCAAUAUACUGUAUGUUUCUAUAUUUUAUUACAGCGUUUCAACAUUUUUACAUCACUCAAUUCCAUUUUUUAUGGUUGGGUUGUACAUUUUAAUGCAGAUUUGUUCUAAUAAAUCUCUGGAAGUUUUUCCUUAA